CAGAUUUUGCGACCGCAGAUUGACAACAUGCCGACCGUUGGAGUAAAGCGCGACGAAUUGUUCGCGGCCAUCGGCCAGACAUUCACGGACGAAGAGUUCGAUCAUCUGUGCUUUGAGUUCGGCAUCGAGCUGGAUGACAUCACGAGCGAGCGCCAGAUCAAGCAAAAGGAGCAGGGCGUGAACGCCGCCAUCGGCGCCGACGACACGGUCAUCUACAAAAUUGACGUACCAGCAAACCGAUACGACUUGCUCUGUGUUGAAGGGAUUGCGCGUGCGUUGCGCGUGUUCAUGAAGAAGGAACUGCCGCCGGUGUUCCAAGUCGUCGCGGCCAAGAACCACGCCGUCCACCGCCUCACAGUCAAACACGGCCACGGCCUGGAAACGUCGCGUCCGUACGUCGUGUCGUGCGUGUUGCGCGGGGUCACGUUCACCCAGCCGCGCUACGACAGCUUCAUCGACUUGCAAGACAAGUUGCACCAGAACAUCUGCCGUCGCCGCACGCUGGUCGCCAUCGGCACGCACGACUUGGACACGAUCGAAGGUCCGUUCACGUACGAAGCGCAAGUGCCAACAGACAUUUCGUUCGUCCCGCUCAGCCAGAGCCGCGAGUUCAACGCCAAGGAACUGCUUGAUCAUUACCGCACCAGUCCCGACGCCAAGCACCUCAAGCCGUACACCGACAUCAUCUACGACCUUCCCGCGUAUCCCGUCAUUCGCGACAGCAACGGCACCGUGUUGUCCCUGCCCCCGAUCAUCAACUCGGAGCAUUCCAAGAUCAAACUGUCGACGCGCAACGUGUUCGUCGAGUGCACGGCCACAGACAUCACCAAGGCCAACGUCGUCUUGAACACGGUCAUCGCCAUGUUCUCCCAGUACUGCGACGUCCCAUUCACGGUGGAACCCGUGGAAAUCACGUACGACCGCGACGGCCACCGCGAAGUGACGCCGGACCUGUCCAACCGCCAAGUGGUCACUAAGGUGGACGACAUCCACUCGAUGCUGUUUGGCAAGCGUCCAGUGAUCGACCUGGACGUCCAGCGCAUCUGCGACUUGUGCGUCAAGAUGCAGCUGGCGGCCACGUACCUUCCCGCCAUCCACUCGAUCGAGGUGCAAGUGCCGCCGACGCGGUCCGACAUUUUGCAUGCUGUGGACGUGAUGGAGGACGUGGGCAUCGCGUACGGCUUUGACAACAUUCCCAUGACGUUCCCGCCCACGCUCACGGUCGGCGGGGGCCAGCCGCUCAACAACCUGGGCGACCACCUCCGCAACGAGAUCUCGCGCGCCGGGUACCUCGAACUGCUCACGCACGGAUUGUGCUCGCAUGACGAGAACUUUAAGCUGCUCAACCGCCCCGACGACGGCACGUCCGCGGUGGUGCUGUCCAACCCAGCUACGAUCGAGUUUGAGGUUGUGCGCACAACCAUGAUCCCGGGGGUGCUCAAGACAGUGCAAAACAACAAGGGCUUGAGCUUCAAGGACGGACUCAAGUUGUUUGAAAUCUCGGACGUGGUGGUGCUCGACCCGGCGGGUAGCGACGUGGGCGCGGCCAACAUCCGCCGCCUCUGCGCGCUCUACACGGGCCAGACAGAUGGCUUCGAAGUGAUCCAUGGGCUCGUGGAUCGGGUGAUGCAGCUGGUUGGCGUCCCGUGCGUGCUGGACCCGCACCACUCCCCCACCAACUACUACGCCAUCGUCCCAUCCGCCAGUACGUGGUUGUUCCUAUAGAAAAUGCGGAGAAACGUAAACACUGACAACACCCCCCACCUGUUUAUGGCUGUAGAUCCGACGUUCUUUGAAGGACGUUGCGCCGACAUUGUGUGGCACUGCGACGGCGCCGCGACCAAGCUCGGAACGUUCGGCGUGCUGCACCCCCAAGUGCUCCACAACUACGAGCUGCUGUACCCGGCGUCGGUCGUUGAAAUGGACAUCCAACCGCUUGUGUAAUGACUGGACACAACAACGACGAUGAUGGAGAGGAUCAUCAUGUAGUUCGGAAACAAUAUAUUUCAAAUCGUUAAGAUGGCAGACAAUCGAUAUACGACCAAUCAAAACCCACAACACAAGUCAAGUGACCAAUCAAAUACUACGUAGUAGUACGUACUGUAUAUAUACUC